GCGCUCAAAAACUUAUAAAAGCUCAGCGUAAAGAGGAUUUUUCUAGACUUAAUGAGAAAGAUGCUAUUGUAUUGAAUAAGGCUAUGCAAUAUUCCCAGAAGGUAUUUGAUGAAGCUCUCGCAACCAAGGAAACGGUAUUUCGUAUUGAGGCUGUUAUAAACGAAUUUAUAAAAGAACAAAAGGCAUCCAAAGAUCUCGAUAUGGAAUUGAAUGAAUGUCCUAUGGAUUAUAAAAAGAUGUCUAGUAAAAACACACGAAAGAAGACAUUUUGGUAUAAUGAACAUUCUGAUGAAAUCACAAAAAUUGAAUGUGCUAAGGGCGGUUGGAGCAAGUACUGGAUAGAAGUACUUCAAUCAACGAAUGCAGUAAUCAAUGUCUUUGGCAAGGCUUUUAUUAGAGAUUUUCCCGCUAUACAAAAUGUAAAAUGGGCGAAUGAUCACCUUUGGAGUGAAGUAGAUCCAAAUAAUAACGAUUCAUAUGAUACUUAUAUAAAUCGUAUUAUUAAAGAUGUGUUGAAAAUAAAUGAACGUACUGCUGAUAACUGUGCAUUUAUUAUUGCUAUUAUUGAUCUCAUGUUUGAUUCUAAUAUCAAAACUGCAACACUUUCCAGAGAAUUGAUAUUUCGACGCAUGACUGAUAGAGCCAAAGAACAAGAGAUAGCUUUAACAACAUUACAAAAGAAAUUGAUCACUCAAGAGAAAGAAAAUGAGUUUAUCGAAUUGGAUAGUACUUGUGAUGAUAAUGAAGAUAUGAUUUCUAGUUCAGAUGAUAAUGACGAAUAG